GUUUGUUGCUAAAUAUGGAAGCAGCAUAUGCAUCUACAUUUGUUAACAUCAUUAUUCCAGAAGAAGAAGAAGAAGAAUAUAAGGUUGCAUGCUCAGCCGUCGAUCAGAUGCCUCCGGGCUUCAGAUUCCAUCCCACCGACGCCGAGAUUGUAACUCACUAUCUUCUCAACAAGGUCAUCCACAGACGAUUCCGAGCUGUAGCUAUCAAUGAGGUCGAUCUCAACAAGUGUGAACCUUGGGAUUUACCUAAUAAGGCGGCGAAGAUGGGAGAAAACGAGUGGUUCUUCUUUUUCAAGAAGGAAACGAAGUAUCCAUCAGGUACGAGGACGAAUAGAGCAACAGCGUCGGGAUAUUGGAAGGCGACUGGGAAAGAUAGAGAGAUACACAAUGCCAAGAAGAAGGUUGUUGGGAUGAAAAAAACACUUGUAUUCUACAAAGGGAGGGCUCCUAAAGGCCUUAAAACCAAUUGGGUCAUUCACGAAUACAGACUCCAUGGUGACUUCUCCGCGUACAAUAUCUCCCAUCAUGCAAAGGAAAAAUGGGUUGUUUGCAGGGUUUUCCACAAGAAAGAUGAAGCAAAUACUCCACUCCACUCGUUUGUUGAUCGUUGUCUCGUUGACAGCUCUACACUGUUACCGCCAUUGAUAGACGACUAUUCCUCUCGAAAACCUAGUUCAAGCUUGGCAAGUGAUGAAAUCAUAUUAAGCAAGAAUAAGAGCAACUUGAUGGUUCCUCGUCCAAAUAUAGAUACCUACAACCAAUAUUAUAAUCUCAACCCUCAUGAUAUCGGUUCAGUGCCAUCUCUUGAUUUCCAGCAUCAGUCGUCGUGGUGUCUCGCCAACUUUCCUGUGAAAAUAGGUGACCAUGAGUAUGAUGAUAAGCCUAAUUCAGCAACUCAUGUUUAUAUAGGUGGGAAGGAGCCUGAGAGAAUGUGUAAAAUGAAGCAGGAUUCAUUAAGUAACUCUGCUAUCAGCCUUUCACGAGACAACAAUGACUAUGAUGGUCUGUGUUUCAGCCCCGAUAUGGAUUCAUUUUGGAGUUACUCAUGAAUAUAUUAGGUUACUAUAGUAUUUAUUUGGUGGUUUCGGUAUAUGGGAGUUAUUGAAUGUAUUCGUUUGCCCUAUGUCUUCUGAUUUAGUUUUGUUGUUUGAUGAUGCAUGAGAUUGCUUCAUGCUUGUACAAAGUUCCAUCAGAUAUAAGAUU